AUGGCCAGCAUCGAUCGCUAUCGGCCGUCAAGAGAGGCCUAUCAGCCGCCUACUCUCCCUCCUGGUCCUCCGCGGCCAGAUCGGCAGUCGAGAUCUCCUGCGCGUCGCCUGGACGUUCCGCCAGCCGUUCCAUCUCCUCCGACACACUCUUCGCGAACCUCACCGCCUCGACCGCUUUCACAACGAGAUGCGCGAUCGCCACAGCGCUCAAGGGCGCAAAGCCCGUCUGGGCCCCCACCCAAUCAGUGGUACUUCACUAACGACGAGGCACUGAGCACGCCGAGCGUUUUGGAUGGAAUUUCCCCGGCGGAAGAACGACUUCGACGCGCAAAAGGUGUUAACUUCAUCUACCAAGCCGGCGUCCUGCUCGAUCUGCCCCAGAUCACUCUUUGGGUUGCAGGCGUCUUCUUCCAUCGAUUCUACAUGCGAUACAGUAUGGUUGAGGAGAAGGGCGGCAUUCACCAUUAUACGCAGACGUCCCUUCCCAGAUCCAAGCGAGGAACUCAGAAAGCCCAAGCCGAACCAGAACUAACAGACUCGGUCGAACAGAACAUUGCUGCUACAGCUCUCUUCCUUGCGAACAAGACAGAAGAGAAUUGCCGUAAAACGAAAGAAAUCAUCAUUACCGUUGCAAAAGUCGCGCAGAAGAACCCGAAGCUCAUGAUUGAUGAAAUGAGCAAGGAAUACUGGCGCUGGAGGGACAGCAUCCUGGCAUACGAAGAACUUAUGCUGGAGCUGCUUACUUUUGACCUCAUGGUCGACAAUCCCUACCAGCGGCUAUUCGAACUGCUGGGCCAGCUCGACAUUGUCCACAAUAAGCACUUGCGCCAGUCGGCAUGGGCCUGGUGCAACGACGCCUGCCUCACCUCGAUCCCUCUCCUGCUUGAGGCUCGCGAUGUAGCCAUCUGCGCCAUAUUCUUUGCUAGUGUGCACACUAAGAAUAAGAUUGAAGACGUCAACGGCGAACCGUGGUGGAAGGCCCUGAAGGGCAACGAGAGGAAAUGCACUCGUGCAAUUGAUAUCAUGCAACAAUUCUAUACGGAGAACCCGCUUAGGAAGCAGAACCCAUCUCUGCCAUCGCCGGCCUUCGACCUGGAGAACACGAGACAGCCGAGAGACCCCAUGAGCCAGGACGCGCUUUCAUCGACGGCAGGUACGCCCUUCGAACUUGACAGGGGGACGCAAAGUCCCAGGGCUCGCAUCAAUGGCCGCGACGAUGUCACCAACACCGAAUCUGGAUCACAGGCUACUCUCAAGGAGCCGGAAAGAGCGAAUGGUAACGGCGCCGUAUCUCCAGGCAAGAGGAAGGAAGUUGAGUCUGACUCUGAGGGUCGGGACCAGAAGCGCGCGAGACUAUCCGAUGAGGAUGAGGGAGAAGUCCUGGAUUAG